AAGCAGUAUUAAUGUUGAUGUUACUCGUUCGAGGGAAAAAAGAAGGAAACUUGAAUGGAGUUUUUCCGAGGUCGCUCCGAUUAAUCGAAGUUGAAGGGUCGUCAUCAAAGAUCAGUUAAUCUGAAUUUCGAUUACAGGGAGGAAGUUGGGACAGUCUCAACCUAUUCGAUUUCCUCAAACCCUUAUCGAUCGAUCGCGCGAAUGAUGCUAUGCAACUUUUAAUUGAAUUGGUCAGUCAAGACUAUGUCGUCUCUGUUGACGCCGACGCAAAGAUACGCUGCCGGCGCGUUGUUCGCACUUGCCCUUCACCAGGCUCAGAAUCAUCAGACGCGCCCAUUGGGCUCUCCGGUCGACGACGACGACGCCACCGGUGAACGCCACAGCACUGGCAGCAGCAGCGGCGACUCGGUUUCGGAGGACGCUGAGCUUUGGGUCCACGAAUCCUCCGGUCUCCUCCGCCCCGUAUUCAGGUUCCUAGAGAUAGAAUCAACUGCAUGGCUGGGACUUGAAGAAACCGCUGGCACUUCAACAGCCCAGCAUCAUGUUGGGGCGUUUUUGAGGUUAGUCACAGAAGAAAGUGAUGAUAGUUCUUCCGAGAGAAGUGAUAAGGAACUGGCAUUGUCAAAAGCUGUUGAUGUUAUGGCACAAAGCAUGGAAACAAGGUCUGCAUCUUAUGAGUCUAAGAAGGAGAAGCAUCGGGAGUAUGAACAUGAGUGCCGUGAGAAAUGUUCUACAUCUGAGUCACAAUCAAGCUCUGAAGUGGUAAAUGCACAUUCCAAAAAUCUGCAGGAGAUAAAUUAUAAUGUGUUAAGCUCAGAAAAGGCAUCUUAUGGGUCUGGUAGUAAAUUUGAUGAGAAACCCUUGGAAGAGGUAACGAUGAUCAGUUAUCAGAGGAAAGUGACAGUUCUUUAUGAGCUUCUUUCUGCUUGUCUAGCAAAUACACCUGAAGAUAACAAAAAACGUGCUCGACGAAGAAAAGGCUAUGAUGCUCGACAUCGUGUAGCUCUGCGGUUGCUGGCAACAUGGCUUGAUUUCAAGUGGAUAGAAAUGGAAGCAAUGGAGAUUAUGGUUGCUUGCUCUGCAAUGGCAAUAGCAAAUGAGGAACAUGCAAAGGAAGAAGAAAAUAAAUCACCAAAAAGCUCAUGGGCGAAAUGGAAACGUGGAGGUAUCAUUGGUGCAGCUGCCUUAACAGGAGGAACCUUGAUGGCCAUUACAGGGGGUUUAGCUGCCCCAGCAAUAGCUGCUGGAUUUAGUGCUUUAGCUCCAACAUUGGGUACUCUUAUCCCUGUGAUUGGAGCGAGUGGUUUUGCUGCAGCUGCAAGUGCUGCGGGAACUGUUGCUGGCUCUGUUGCAGUUGCUGCAUCAUUUGGAGCUGCUGGAGCUGGACUUACAGGGAGUAAAAUGGCUAGGAGAACGGGAAGUGUUGAUGAAUUUGAGUUCAAAGCUAUAGGAGAAAAUCAAAAUUCAGGACGACUAGCAGUGGAAAUCUUGGUCUCGGGAUUUGUUUUUGAGGAGGGGGAUUUUGUAAGGCCUUGGGAAGGACAAAAUGAUAACUUGGAAAGGUAUGUGCUUCAGUGGGAGUCUAAGAAUCUGAUUGCAGUAAGCACUGCAAUUCAGGAUUGGCUUACUUCAAGAAUUGCAUUGGAAUUGAUGAAGCAAGGUGCCAUGCUGACUGUAUUAAGCACACUUUUAGCAGCAUUGGCUUGGCCAGCAACUCUACUUGUAGCUACUGAUUUUAUAGACAGCAAGUGGACGAUUGCUGUAGACAGAUCUGACAAAGCAGGAAAACUGCUUGCUGAAGUUUUACUGAAAGGAUUGCAAGGUUACAGACCUGUGACACUUGUGGGUUUCUCACUUGGAGCACGAGUGAUUUUCAAGUGUCUCCAGUUUUUAGCUGAAAGUGAAAAUAAUGCUGGGCUUGUGGAAAGAGUUAUUCUUCUUGGAGCACCCAUUUCAAUUAAGGAUGAGAAUUGGGAAGCAGUUAGAAAAGUUGUGGCUGGGAGGUUUGUGAAUGCUUACUCUACAAAUGAUUGGACACUUGGAGUUGCUUUCCGUGCUAGCCUGCUUACUCAAGGAUUAGCUGGAAUUCAGCCAGUUGAUGUUCCUGGGAUUGAGAAUGUUGAUGUAACAAAACUAAUUGAAGGUCACUCCUCCUACCUGUGGGCUACCCAAGAGAUCCUGGAAUUGCUUGAAUUGGAUACCUACUACCCUGUUUUCAGGAGCCCUAAUGCCCCAGGGCAAAACCCUGGAGAGUCUCCCUAAUUUUGUUUCUACUUCAGUCAGUUCAUUCUGUAUUCAAUCUUUAUGGCGGCGGCAUGAGUUCCUCAAUUUCUGUAUGCACGAUUUGUGUUUUGCUCUUUAUUUUCUGCUUCUUGUUUCAUAUUGAAUUUUGGCAAGCAGUGCAUAAAAUAAAGCAAUACACUUUGAUUGUUU